AUGUCUGCCGCCACUGUGAGCGAUCUUGGACUUACGAUUCCGGUUUACGAUGUUGGCUCUUUACUCAACAAAAACGGCAACACCAUUCAACUGAAACAGAAUCUCCUCUUCAUCACCCCAUCACUCGACAACGCCUCAAGCAACGACAAUAAAAUCCUCCGCGAGAACCUAGGAAUCAAAACCGUCAUCAACACCCGCUACCCUCAGCGAUUGCGAUACUACAAGGAUGACGCGGGGGCAUACAAGUCAGAGAGCUGUACUGUUGAGAAUGUAUUGGGAGUGACCUCGUGCCAUGUCCAUCUGCGGCUAGGAAGAGCGUUCGCGGAGGGUCUUUUGAAAGAAGUGCCGGCUGUAGAAAGAUACAAACUGAACCUCAAAGCCAGCGUGUCGACGAAUCGCAACGACCCAAAGCUCGUGGACUAUGCCCAGAGGCUGUUGCGGCCGCGCAGUCGCGUUGAAGACGGGCUGGCGGUUCUGGUUGCGUCUACUGGAAUCGUCGGACACAUUUUCAAAAGUGUCGUUGCGGGCCCGAAUGCGUUUCCGCUCCUGCUUUAUGGUGACGGUACGCCGGGGAGUAGCGAUAGCUCGCUGAUUUUGUUUCUGCUUCUUCUCGUUCUGGAUGUGCCUGGAGCCGAUGUUGAGCGAGUUUUGGAUCAGAUUGAGCAACCACUUCUGUCGACCAACGACACCGACAAAAAGGAGCAAAGACUCGACGACCAUUGGGCAAGAGAGCUGAAGCAUCGUCUGGAGGGUAAAUAUUGCAGCGUGACGGGAUAUUUUAGCGCAGCUGGAGUUACUGAAGCCACGAAGCAGAGCAUUAGAGAAGCGCUGUCCCCAGUUGCCAUCUCCGAGAAGAGUGGUGUUCUAGUCGACCUGGACCCUGCAGAGACGCAAUGA